GGUCCUUCUUUCAGCCAAGACUUGUUUAAUAAUGAAGAAAUUGUGAAGAUGCGAGAUGCUGCUGUAAAGACGGAGUUUAUCAAAGGGAUGGUUUCGGGAACUCUGAACCCAAAUUAUUAUGGAGGCUAUAUGGUGCAAGAUGCUGCCUACUGCUUUGAUGCUGUGAAAGUGUUUGAAGCGGCUGCUAAGGAAAUGAAAGAACAAGGAAUGAUUGAAUUUUCAGAGAUCUACCAGUCACAGUCAACGAGUUUGAAGGAAUACAAUAAGGAAUUUGCUACGACCUGGCAUCUACAGAAUACCAAAAGCAUAGUUAUGGGUCCUGCAGCAAAGACCUACGUGGAAUAUGAGGGCAGAGUAAGCCGUGAUUAUCCCAAGUUCCUAGCCAUUGCCAUGCUACCGUGCCAUAUGCUUUGGCCUUGGAUUGCCAAUCAGUUCAUUGAUUUUGUUGCCAAGUCGAAUCCGUACUACAAAGGCUGGUUUGAAGAAAACGAGACCGAGCCAAAUCACAAAGGUCACCUGGAGAAGUUUGUUGAUUCUCAUUUCGGCCCUAAGGAAAAGAAGAAGGCUCUUACUAUCUUCCGCGAUGGAAUGAUUAACGAGUUAAAUUUUUUUCGAGAUGCUUGUUUAGAAAAGCUUAUUUGA